GCAACUUCAUCCUGGCCAAUGCUCAGAUGUCGAAGGGCUUUCCCAUCGUCUACUGCUCCGAUGGCUUCUGCGAACUCACAGGCUUUUCUCGGACAGAGGUCAUGCAGAAGAGCUGUGCCUGUAAGUUCCUGUACGGGCCCGAGACCAGCGAAAGCAUCAUCCUGAGCAUCGACGAGGCCUUGGAGGAGCGCAAGGAGUUUAAGAAUGAAAUCAUGUUCUACACAAAGACAGCUGCUCUCUUCUGGUGUCUCCUGGACAUUGUGCCCAUUAAGAAUGAGAAGGGUGACGUGGUGCUGUUCCUGGCCUCGUUUAAGGACAUCACCGACACUAAAGCCAAAGCCAUCCAAGAGGACAAGAAAGAAGAGCGACGACGCGGCAGGGUGAAAACCGGCUCUUCAUUCAGCUCGACUCGUCUGCGGGGCAGCACCGUGCUCUACCACAUCUCUGGUCACCUCCACAGCAGGGAGAAGAGCAAGAUUAAAAUCAACAAGAACGUGUUUGGAGAUCCUCCUGCUCUACCGGAAUACAAGGUUGCAGACGCCAAGAAGUCCAAAUUCAUAUUGCUUCACUACAGCACAUUUAAAGCAGGCUGGGACUGGCUGAUUUUGCUUGCCACCUUCUACGUUGCUGUGACAGUGCCCUACAACGUGUGCUUCAUCGGCGACGAUGACGAUCUGACCCGCAGCACCACUGUCAGCGACAUCGGUGUGGAGAUUCUCUUCAUCAUAGACAUUAUUUUUAAUUUUCGCACCACUUUCGUCAGCAAGUCCGGCCAGGUAAUCUUUGACGCUCGGCAGAUAUGCUUCCAUUACCUGACGACGUGGUUCAUCAUCGACCUGGUGGCCGCACUGCCCUUUGACCUGCUCUACGCGGUCAAAGUCAGCGUGGUGUCCGUGGUGCAUCUGCUGAAAACCGUCCGUCUGCUUCGUUUGCUGAGGCUGCUGCAGAAAAUGGACCGCUACUCGCAGCACAGCACGGUGGUCCUGACCCUCCUCAUGUCCAUGUUCGCCCUUCUGGCCCACUGGAUGGCCUGCAUCUGGUACAUCAUCGGCAAGAUGGAGAUGGAGGCCAACGCCUACAACUGGGACAUUGGGUGGCUCCAUGAGCUCGGGAAGCGUUUGGAGUCUCCAUAUGCCGGCAUGUCAGACGUUAACACGACUGGCGGCGGUCCUGCUAUCCGCAGCGUCUACAUCGCUUCCCUCUACUUCACCCUCAGCAGCCUGACCAGCGUGGGUUUCGGCAACGUGUCCGCCAACACUGACGCGGAGAAGAUCUUUUCUGUUUGCAUCAUGCUCAUCGGAGCACUGAUGCAUGCCUUGGUCUUUGGCAAUGUGACAGCCAUUAUCCAGAGGAUGUACUCCCGCUGGUCUCAGUACCACACCAGGACCAAAGACCUGAAGGAUUUCAUUCGCGUCCAUCACCUGCCACAGAGCCUCAAGCAGCGAAUGCUCGAGUACUUCCAGACAACCUGGUCGGUCAAUAACGGAAUCGACUGCAACGAGCUGCUAAAGGACUUUCCGGAUGAGCUGCGAUCUGACAUCACCAUGCAUCUCAACAAGGAGAUCCUGGAGCUGUCGUUGUUUGCCUCGGCCAGCCGCGGCUGCCUGCGCUCGCUGUCGCUGCACAUUAAGACCUCCUUUUGCACCCCGGGGGAGUACCUCCUCCGACAGGGCGACGCUCUGCAGGCCGUCUUCUUCGUCUGCUCGGGGUCCAUGGAAGUGCUGAAAGACGGAAUGGUGUUAGCCAUCCUAGGUAGGUUAAAGUGGAACUGCUAGCGGGAAGAAAAAGGAGAAAAACCUCUUGGUGUAAUUGAAGAAGAUCAUAGCACUUGAGUUUAUAAAAUCCUGUAGUUAAGCUCAGUGUUUAGACACAACAUUCAACUAAGUGAAUGGAGGUCAAUAUGCAAGUUCUGAUGUCUACCAUAGGAAAAAACACAUCAACUCUAUAUUGUUGUUUUUAAUGAAUAUUUUCUGCAGAAGGUGCUCAAAGGACUUUUACG